AUGUAUUGCUUAAAAUUACUGCUUUAUGUUAUGCAGGGUAAUUCUACAGGUUCAGAUGAUCUUAUUGACCCUGGUGCUGGAAGAAUAAAAGAAGAAACUAAAUCUCUGGAUGUGGAGUCCUCUGUUGCUGGAGAUGAGUAUAAUGAACUAUCUUCAAAAAAUGCUUCUUGUCCUGGCACAAGUUCAGUAAGUGCUUCAUCAGAACUAAAUAUUGCAGGAUCAUCCAUUACAACUAUACCUGGCUGCAGCCUUGUGACUGAAGAAACUAAAUCAAGGUAUAAUAUGGACGAAUCUGAGUCUGAUUUCGGUUCAUGUGGUGGACAGCAUGAUGUGGCAGGAUCUGGUAGUGUGCAUGUUCCAACUCAGCACAACUCUGUCAAAGUCAAGGUUGAAUUAUUAGAAAAUAUUGACUUGCCCCACCCAGAAAGGAAUGUGUUAAAUGAAUAUUCUUUUAAUGCAAAACCAGUGAAGAGUGAAAUGGGAAACAUUGAACUUAAUGGUGAUGGGGUAGAUCAUAUGCGAUUCCAAGAUCGAUUGAAGCUGAGGACAUCAGGAGAGAAUUCUGGUUUUAAUUCUUUCAGUAUUCCAGCCCUUCAGAAAAACCUUGUACUCUCAGAAUCUGCUGAACCUAUAAGGGUGAACCGUCCACGGAAAAGAAAGAAGACUGCCACGGAUUCAGUUGAAACAGCAAUGGAGGAAGAUGCUCCCGGACUUCUGCAGGUAUUAUUUGAAAAAGGAGUAUCUAUUGAUGAGAUCAAGCUUUAUGGGGAGGUGGAGGAUGAUGAUGUACUAGAUGAAAGUGAAGAAAGCUUUUCCAAGCUUGAGGCUGUGAUGGCAAAGCUUUUCUUUCAGCGGAACUCUAUGUUGAAGUUUGCUCCUAUUCGAUGUGCAAAGGGUUCAAAACCUAGUUAUUGCUUGGCUUGUCUAUUCUCACUUGUGGAGCAGACACGGUAUCUGCAGUUUCGUAAAUGGCCUGUUGAAUGGGGUUGGUGCCGGGAUCUUCAGUCAUUUAUAUUUGUGUUUAAAAGACACAAUAGACUAGUGCUGGAACGUCCUGAGUAUGGCUAUGCAACAUACUUCUUUGAGCUGGUUGAUUCAUUACCUAUUGAUUGGCAGAUCAAGCGUUUGGUAACUGCCAUGAAGCUGACUAGCUGUGGCAGAGUCAACCUAAUCGAGAACAAAACAUUAUCGGUUGGAGAGGACUUGACCGAAGGUGAGGCGAAGGUGCUAAUGGGAUUUGGUUGGAUACAGAAUACUGGGUUGGGAACAAUGCUGAACUACCGUGACAGAGUUUUCCAUGAUAGGAAGAAUGAGAAGGAAUCCUCUGAGUGGAGAUCAAAAAUAGGAAAGUUGUUGAUUGAUGGUUAUAAUGGUGGUAGUAUUGUUUCGACAAAUAUUCCAGGCAACAUUGUCAAAAAUACUACGAGUCUGGAUCGUGACAGCCCUAAAGUUAAACUGGAGCUUUCAUGAGAGAGUUCAGUUCAAUUUUGCCUCUGAAAUUUGUAAAUAUCUACAAUAUGGUAGAUUUGCCAUUCCAUUUCUCAGAUUGCUCUGAAUGUAGUGUUCCAGUGUAAUGUCAAGCUGCUUUGAGAGUGUUUUCGGCUGAUUGUAAUUUGUAAAGGAUGGUUCUUCAAAAUCUAAAUCUAAUUGGAU